ACGGAUUUUUAAAGUAAACAGAUAAAAUUUAUCAUAUGCAUAGUCAUUUUUAAUUGAACGAUAGCCAAUAACAGACAAUUACAAGAAACGUACUUGCAGCAGAUCUACUUCUCAAUUUCAAUCUUUUAUUCUUUUAACAGUAAUGGCAUUAAGAACAUAUGUCAGUUUAACAUUGUAUUUAAAAGUAAGAAUUACACAGUAUAAUAGGAAUAUUUUACAAAUAAAACGUAUUCGUUAUGAACAUAAUGAUGUCAUCCAAUUGUAUCACAGUGAAAAUGGUGUUUAUGGAUACAGACCAAAAGAACAACAAAAAUAUUUUGAAGUGUCAAAAGAAGACUUAGAGAUACGAUCUAAAAAUAGUAAUUUCUAUAGACUUGUUAUGGCAUAUAGACAAUUUGCUCACAAACAAGCCAACAUAGAUCCCAUAUCAUUGAGCAAACAACUAAUGCUUCCAGAAUUGCAACCAGAACAAUUUGGAUUAAAUCUAACAGACAAAGUAUCGUUCCAAGGAAUUUUAAAAAUAAAACAAAAGGAAGGAACUAUUUCAGAAGCACUAAAGUUUUUGAAUACUAUCUAUUGUUCUUAUAUUGGAGUGGAAUUUAAUCAUCUUGAGAGCGAAGAAGAAAGGGAAUGGUUUGCUAACACUACAGAAGAGUGCUUAAUAGAAUCAUUGGAUAAUAAAACACGGAUUGCUAUUGUAACAGAGAUGUUAAAGAGUCAAACGUUUGAUAAUUUUCUAGCUACAAAAUUUGUAAGCUUGAAAAGAUAUAGUGGAGAAGGGGCAGAAAGCAUGAUGGCUUUUUUUCACGAAUUUUUUAAACUAUCUUUAAAUACUGACUUGACUGAUAUCGUUAUCUGUAUGCCACAUCGUGGACGCUUAAAUUUUUUAACAGGAAUGCUUGAUUUUCCACCAGAAAAAUUAUUUCGUAAACUUAAAGGAUCUUCAGAAUUUCCAGAUGAUGCAAAGACUGUGGGUGAUGUUGCAAGUCAUUUAGUGUCUUCCACAAAUCUAAAAAUUGAUGAUAAAAGUUUACAUGUUACAAUGCUCCGUAAUCCAUCUCAUCUAGAAGCUGUUAAUCCAGUUUCUAUGGGAAAAACUCGUGGAAUCAUGCAGAUUGUCAAGGAUGGUGCAUAUAAUAAUGAUUGUACUACAUGGUGGAGUGAUAAAAUUCAUGGUGAUGCUGCUUAUAUAGGACAAGGAAUUGAUCAAGAAUGUCUAGCAUUAAGUAAUGUACCACACUUUGAGAUAGGAGGCACAAUCCAUUUAAUAAUUAAUAAUCAAUUAGGAUUUACAACUCCACCUUCUAGAGGUAGAUCCUCUAGAUAUUGCACAGAUUUGGCAAAAAUGAUUGCAGCUCCUGUAAUUCAUGUAAAUGGAGAUGAACCAGAAAUGGUUGUACGAGCUACAAGAAUAGCUUUUAAAUAUCAAAGGAAAUUUAAAAAAGAUAUUUUUAUAGAUAUAAAUUGCUUCAGAAGAUGGGGUCAUAACGAAUUAGAUGAUCCAACUUUAACAAAUCCAAAGAUAUAUAAAAUUAUACAAAAUCGUCCAUCUGUACCAGAUCGAUAUGUAGAAAAAUUAAUCAAGUCCAAUAUCUUGACAAAGGCUAAAACAGAAAAUAUUGUGAAAGAACAUAAUAAAUGGUUGUCUGAAGCCCUUAAACAAGUUGAAAAUUACGUUCCAGAAGUAACAUACUUCUCAGGCAGAUGGACUGGAAUGAAACAAGCUGAAGACAGUAUAACUCAAUGGGAUACAGGUAUUGAUAUAGAUUUGCUAAGAUUUAUUGGGGAAAGAAGUGUCCAUGUAGAAACAAAUUUUAAUAUUCACCAUCAAUUACUGAAAAAUCAUGUUCAAGCCCGGCUGAAAAAACUAAUAUCUGGUGAACAGUUAGAUUGGGCCACUGCAGAAGCAUUGGCUAUAGGAUCUUUACUUUAUCAAGGUUAUAAUGUUAGAAUAAGUGGACAAGAUAUAGGUAGAGGAACAUUUUCCCAUAGGCAUGCUAUGUUUGUUGAUCAGAAUACUGAAAACAUUUAUAUUCCAUUAAACUCUAUGGCAGAUGAACAAACUGGAAAAUUAGAAUUAGCUAAUAGUAUUCUAUCAGAAGAAGCAGUACUGGGUUAUGAAUAUGGUAUAAGCAUUACAGUUCCAACAACUUUAACUAUUUGGGAAGCACAAUUUGGAGAUUUUUUUAAUGGAGCGCAAAUUAUUAUCGAUACCUUCAUAACAAGUGGUGAAGCAAAGUGGAUGGUCAGUAGUGGGUUGACAAUGCUUUUGCCUCAUGGUUAUGAUGGUGCUGGAUCAGAGCAUAGUUCAUGUAGAAUUGAACGUUUCUUACAACUUACAAAUAGCAAAGAAGAUAAAGUUGAUGGCGAACAUGUUAAUAUACAAGUAGUUAAUCCCACUACACCAGCACAGUAUUUUCAUUUAUUGAGAAGGCAGAUGAUAAGAAAUUUUCGAAAACCAUUAAUUGUGAUAUCACCUAAAAUAUUAUUACGACAUGCGAAUGCUACAUCAUCAUUGACAGAUAUGAAGCCUGGUACAAGUUUCAAGCCCGUUAUAGGAAAUAGUGAUAAAGAUAUUUCUAAAAUAAAUAAAGUAAUCUUAACCAGUGGAAAACAUUAUUAUGCUCUUGAAGAUUAUAAGAAGACUAUUGGAGAAAAUAAUGUUGCAAUUAUUAGAUUAGAAUGUCUUUGUCCAUUUCCUACUCAAGAAUUAUUGGAAGAAAUACAAAAAUAUAAUCAUGCAAAACUUUUCAUAUGGAGUCAAGAAGAACCUCGAAAUAUGGGAGCAUGGAAUUUCGUGAAACCACGUUUUGAAAAUCUAUGUGGUCAACAAUUAAAAUACUGUGGACGCCCUGCUAUGGCAGCACCAGCUGUUGGCGAAGCCAAAUUGCAUCAACAAGAAGUAGAAGAAAUCAUAAGAAAACCAUUUUUGAUAAAAACAUUUUAAACUAAUUAAAAGUAUUUUCAAAAAUUUA